CAGGAGGAACUCUACGGACCAAGAGCAAAUGUGUCUUCUGAAAAACCUGACUGCUGAUUUGAUCCAAACCUAUACGCUUUCAGAUUUGAUUGUGGAGACACAUUGCUUUUCAUCCAUUCAAAGUGUGCAGCUUUAAACUUUUAAAAGUUUUUUGACAUUACUUUGGGCUGCUGCUACAGAAAAGGACAUUUGUUGUACAUUUCCUUUACAAAGGUUGUCCUCAAAUAUUCGACUGAUUAAUGGAUAGGACACUGGCAACAUCUCUCACCCUUUUCUUCAUCCUUUGUGUGACUACUAAAAAAGCUGGAGCGUCCUCGCGUCUGAAAGCAGGUCGUUGCUCCUACACCUUCAUUGUUCCACAGCAAAAAAUCACAGGAGCUCUGUGUUUGAACACCCCCUCUUCAAUGCCCAACCAAUCAGAGGUAGUCGCUCUGCAGUUGGAGCUCAAACGACAGCAGGAACAACUGGAGAAGCUCCAGAGUCAAAUGGAGCAUGAAGGGUCUCUUGCCGCAGAGGUGAGAGCCUUGCGCAAAGAGAGCAGCAGCAUGAAUUCCCGUAUUGCCCAACUUUACGCCCAGCUGCUGAGUGAAGUCAUCCAUAAGAAGGACCAGGCUUUGGAGCACCAAAGGUUGGAGAGCCUUCUCCUGAAUGCGACAACACAUGCUUUGCAGGUGUCCAGUAGCUACAGGGAACUGGAGAGGAAAUAUGGAGCACUCACCUCCAUGAUGAGCUCCCAGAACCAGUUUAUCACCAAACUGGAGAAACAGUGCCAGUGCAGGGAUUCCAGCCAGCCCUUGGUGGUGUUGACUGAACCCCCAAAAAAUCGUAGCAAUGAGCACCACAACUACAGCGGUAAGGCCACCAUCCUGACAAAUGACGUUCAGAGGGACCAGAGUGUUCCUUUAAACCAACCACAAGCAGAAACAGUCGGAGAUCAGCCCUUCUCUACUACCAGCCCUCCUACUGAACUGCCUUUUGUUGGCUUCCCUGUCACUAAAUCCCCAGGGCCAUGGCGGGACUGCCAGCAUGUUCUGGAUUCAGGCGAGACCACCAGUGGGAUUUACCUGAUUCAUCUUCAGAGUGCCAACCGACUCUUUCAGGCCUGGUGUGAGCAGAGUCAGGCUCAGGGUGGGUGGACUGUCAUCCAGAGGAGACAGGAUGGGUCAGUCAACUUCUUCAGGACUUGGGAGCAGUAUAAGCAAGGCUUUGGAAACCUAAAUGGUGAGUACUGGCUUGGCCUGGAACACCUCUACUGGCUGACCCAGCAGGCCAAGUACAAACUCCGGGUGGUCUUAGAAGAUUGGCAGGACCGGCAGGUGUUUGCUGAAUAUGACAGCUUCCACCUGGAACCGGAGAACGACUGGUACCGCCUGCGCUUGGGACAAUACCACGGCAAUGCAGGAGACUCCCUGUCAUGGCACAACAACAAGGCCUUCACCACUCUGGACCGCGACAAGGACAGCUAUCCAGGUAACUGCGCUCAUUACCAGAAAGGAGGCUGGUGGUAUCACAUGUGCGCACACUCCAAUCUGAACGGCGUGUGGUAUCGGGGUGGACACUAUCGAAGCCGCUACCAAGAUGGGGUCUACUGGGCUGAGUUCCAUGGAGGGUCCUACUCCCUCAAGAAAGUUUCCAUGAUGAUCAAACCCACAUAGCUGCAUUACUGCAGGAACUCUCCAGGAUAACACUGACAAGGAUAAAGAAGAUGCAGAGAAAGUUAAACAUUAUGAAUAAAAUGUAUAGUUAUAGAAAUGUUUUAACACAGAUGCCUUAAUUGAUAUAAAUCAUUGAGUUACAAAUGAUGACUAAGUCAUGAGUGUGACUCAGAUAUUUCCUUCUCUCUCUGCUCAGAUAUAGCUGACUCAAGUUUUUGAAAGAGGCUGCACUCAAAGCAAAAACACUUUUCCUACAUUGCUGCUUGUGGACUUAAACAAUUUUCUCUGACUCCCUGAUCUCUCUGUGGUUGUUUGACAUUUUUGGUGUUAUUGCCUCAGCUCUACACGGAGGUUUGGUUGAUCAGAAUGUGUUCAAUGAUGCAGCUACAGAAUGUGGUUAGAAUAUUUUUUGAUAUUUUUACACAUUAGAUCAUUCUUCCUCUGUCUCUUUUUAAAACUGUUGCUUCUCUCUUGGUCAGUCUUAUAAUUGCAUUGUGUGCCCUUCUCUCUAUAGUCCUUCUCUCUACAUGCCCUUCUCUCUGUAGUCAUCUCUGGUUUUAUUGUUACAUGGAGACAGUUUGUUGAUUUCAUGCCACAUCACCAGAUUUCUUAUUUCUGUUGGCUACUAUUAAUGGUCAGUGAUUCACUCCAGUUUUAUCAAAAGGAUUCUGUAUGAUGUUAUCUAGUAUGUAUCAACACAGUCAUUGGAUUAGCAUUUAAUAAACAGUUUGGACCUUCAGAUAUCAUGGAAAUCUUAAAGCAAAGAAAGUUUUACAUCUUGGCAAUAGCAUUAGUCUCUUAAAGUAAGCUAUAAAGCUUUGACUGGCCAGCGUGUUCAAUCAUUUUCAAGAGAAGGCACUAUUGAUCAAAACCUACUGUAUAUUGCACUUGUUUCUUAAAAAUAAACACAAUAAAAAAUGCUUUGA